CUACCGAUAAUCUACAUUACACAGCACUUUGCUCGAAAAUCCACCUCAAACUUAUAAAAAGCAACUAGUUCAACUGGUAGUACAGUCAGUGGCGAGGAAGCGUUUGUAACAAUAAUGCUAACGUUGUCUGUAGCAGUUUUGCUGGUGACGAACUGUCUUCUAGUUGGCAGUUCCCCUACAAAAUCACUUCUUCAAGCACCUCAACAUGAGCCAUCGCAUCCAAGUUUCCGGGAUGAAACCAGUCCGAUCCAGAUGUCCAACCAAGCUCAGCUCGAGCGCACCAUCGAUUAUUGGACGCAAAAUGCCCAGAGCACAGUAGAAAGAAUUCGACAACGGAAGCUGAACAAAAAUGUGGCCAAGAAUGUGAUCAUGUUCCUGGGAGAUGGAAUGUCCAUUUCGACCGUUGCCAUGACACGAGUAUACAUCGGUGGUGAAGAGAAGAAGCUGGCCUUCGAACAGUUCCCCGACAUCGGAAUGUCGAAAACUUACAGUGUCAAUUAUCAAGUACCCGAUUCGGCGAGUACGGCGACAGCAUACCUUACUGGAGUUAAAGGAAAUUACGGGACAAUUGGAGUUAACGCGCAGGUCCCCGCAUACGACUGUGAAGCGGAUCUUGACACAAGCACCCAUACGCACUCGAUUGCAAAAUGGGCGAUGGAUGCCGGGAAGGAUGCUGGCCUGGUGACGACUACUCGAGUGACACAUGCCUCACCGGCUGGUGUUUAUGCGCACACUGCAAACAGGGACCGGGAAAAUGACAACGAAGUUGAAAACGACGGAUGCGAUAAAAGUAUCGUGCAGGAUAUAGCUCACCAGUUGGUACAUGGAGAUACGGGUAAAAGACUAAAAGUCAUCAUGGGAGGGGGACGUCGAGAGUUUCUCCACAAAGAUUUAGAUCCUGAAACUGGUAAAAAAGGAAAACGCAAGGAUAAGCGAAAUUUGAUUCAAGAGUGGUUGGAUCUAGGAAAGGACAUCGAAAAUCGAACCUACGUUUGGAACAAACAGGAUCUAUUGAGUGUAGAUUCCACCGUUACCGAUCGGCUGCUGGGUUUGUUUGAACCAGGCCAUUGUCAAUACAACUUGAAUCGAAUUCGGGAUAAUCUAGAACAGGAACCAACACUUGCUGAAAUGGUCGACAAGGCAACGGAUAUUUUAAGUAAAGGUAAUAAUGGGUUCUUCCUUUUUGUUGAGGGAGGCCGCAUCGAUCACGCACACCACGAUACGUGGGCUAGAUUGGCACUGGAUGAAACGGCAGAGUUUUCCAAGGCCAUCGAACUAGCUCGCAGAAAAUUUAGUGAGGAAGAUACACUCAUAGUGGUGACCUCGGAUCACUCACACGCCGUGAGCUACGCAGGAUUUCCGGCACGAACCAACGACAUCUUCGGUAAGGCAGGAUACGGGAGUGAUGAGGUUCCGUACAUGACGAUUAGUUACGCGAACGGUUUGGGUUUCUACGACCACGUAAGCUCGAAUAUUGGAGGAAGGGUGAAUAUCGCGAAUAUGGAUACAACGAGCAAUGACUUUCGCUUUCCAACGAUGCUGCCACUCGAUUCGGAAACCCACGGCGGCGAAGAUGUCGCUGUGUAUGCUUCCGGACCGUGGUCGCAUCUGUUCACCGGUAGCUACGAGCAAAACACGAUUCCACACAUGAUGGCUUUCGCACUGUGCGUUGGCGAUGGGAUCACUGCUUGCCCUAAAAAAAUAUAGAAAUAAAAUCAAUAAAUAUACUAAGAAAUGUGCCUAAUCUAUCUAGCACUGGGACUGGCUGGACCUACUUUGACCAAACUGGUUGCAAAUGAAAGGUCUUCCAAAAAGUAUUUAAGCUAUUGGUUUUGUUCUUAGAUUAUACAUUCUUAGAAAAAUGAAAUUUAAGCUUGACGCAAAUUUCAGCAU